AUGCUCGACGAUCUCAUUUUGCCAGAUCCGAAGACAGGUCGCAAGUGGGGAGCGAGACUUCGAGAAAGCUGGGAUGUUUCACAAUCGCUCCUUUCACUGGCAAACGCAUGUAUCUGGACGAUGAGUGGUGCUGAAGAACUAGUGGACUCCAGCCAGUCAGACGCGAGAAUGGGGACCCUCCAGUACUUGCGAUCUGCUUCUUCCAACCAAACUGAUCCGCUGGAGGGAGUCAACCACCGCACAGACCGGCGCAAGGUACCCCCAGACGCCUCCCCCUUUGUCAAGAGACCUCAUACCGUGUCGCACCAUCUAUCCUGGGAGCCAGGGGUGCCAUGUGUUUGGUCCUUCCGACCGGCGGGAUUGGCUGCGGGGGGUCACCCUUGGCGCCUAUGGUUUCUUGCCAGCGGGUCGAGCGCCAAUCAAUUGACGGGAAAUGCCGAUAUGGCACGACGGAAUUGA